AUGGAUUCAGAUUUAGAACCUGUGGCUCUUACACCUCAGAAACAAGACAAUGCGUGGAAGCACUGUGAAAUUUACAAGUACGGUGAUCGGUUACAGAUGAGGUGUCUCUACUGUCGGAAAAUGUUCAAAGGCGGUGGUAUAACUAGGGUUAAGGAACAUCUUGCUGGUAAAAAGGGACAAGGCACGAUCUGUGACCAAGUUCCUGAAGAUGUUAGGCUUUUCUUGCAGCAGUGCAUUGAUGGAACCGUAAGACGUCAAAGGAAGAGACGCAGAUCAAGUUUAGAGCCUUUGCCUGUAGGUUCUUUACCUCCUUGUGAAGGUGAAACGUUGAUGGUUCAAUCUGAUGUGAAUAACGGUUUUAUAUCGCCGGGUGAUUCAGAUGUGAUUGUGCAAAACGAGAACCCGUCGGGUAGCAGAACGAAGCAGAGAACUUACAGGAGUAAAAAGAAUGCUUUUGAGAAUGGUAGUGCGAGCAACAAUAAUGACCUGAUUGGAAGAGAUAUGGACAAUUUGAUUCCAGUGGCGAUUAGUAGUGUGAAGAACAUUGUGCACCCGUCCUUUAGAGAUAGGGAGAAUACAGUUCAUUUGGCGGUCGGACGGUUUUUGUUUGGUAUUGGAGCCAAUUUUGACGCAGUGAAUUCUGUUAAUUUCCAACCGAUGAUCGAUGCCAUUGCCUCUGGAGGAUUCGGGGUAUCUGCUCCCACGCAUGAUGACCUACGAGGUUGGAUACUGAAGAAUUGUGUAGAGGAAAUGACGAAAGAAAUUGAUGAAUGCAAAGCGAUGUGGAAGAGGACAGGCUGUUCCCUUUUGGUUGAGGAAUUGAACUCUGAUAAAGGCCUUAAAGUGCUUAACUUUUUGGUUUACUGCCCAGAGAAGGUAGUGUUUCUGAAAUCCGUGGACGCAUCUGAGGUGUUAUCUUCUGCUGAUAAUUUGUUUGAGCUACUUAGCGAAGUGGUUAAAGAGAUUGGUGCUACCCAUGUUGUUCAAGUGAUUACAAAUUGCGAAGAUCACUAUGUCGCUGCUGGGAAAAAAUUGAUGCUGGCGUAUCGUUCUCUAUAUUGGGUUCCCUGUGCUGCACAUUGCAUAGAUAAGAUACUCGAGGAGUUUGGGAAUGUUGACUGGAUAAGCAAAACUAUCGAACAGGCUCAAGCUAUCACAAGAUUUAUUUACAAUCGUAGUGAUGUUUUGAAUCUUAUGUGGAAAUUUACUUCUGGCAAUGAGAUCCUGCAACCAGCAUUUAGCACCUCUGCCACAAAUUUUGCUACUUUGGGUAGAUUUGCCGAACUCAAGCCCAAUCUGCAGGCUAUGGUUACUUCGCCAGAGUGGAAUGAAUGUUCACAUUCGAAAGAACCAGGCGGAUUUGCGAUGAAUGCUAUCACUGAUGAAGCAUUUUGGAAGGCACUAGCUUUGGUAAACCUUUUAACAGGUCCUCUUUUACGGGUUUUGAGAAUAGCGUGUUCUGAAAAGAGGCCUGGAAUGGGGUACGUCUAUGCUGCACUGUACCGAGCAAAGGAAGCAAUCAAGACACAACUGGUUAAUAGGGAGGAUUACAUAAUAUACUGGAAUAUUAUAGACCGAUGGUGGGAGCAACAGCAGCAUGUUCCUUUGCAUGCUGCUGGUUUCUUUCUUAACCCGAAAUUCUUCUAUAAAGCUGACGAGGAAAUGCGUAGUGAGAUUGUUCCAGCGGUGCUCGAUUGCAUCGAGAGGUUAGUUCCUGACAACAAUAUUCAAGAUAAAAUCAGUAAAGAGUUAAACUCAUACAAAAAUGCUGCUGGAGUUUUUGGAAGAAACUUGGCAAUCAGAGCUCGGGACACAAUACUUCCCGCUGAAUGGUGGUCUACAUAUGGAGAAAGCUGCUUGAACCUCUCACGUUUUGCGAUCCGCAUUCUUAGUCAGACGUGCAGUUCAUCAGUUGGCUGCAUGAGAAACCAGAUACCGGGGGAACAAAUAUACCAGUCAAAGAACUCCAUUGAGCAAAAGCGGCUCAGCGAUCUUGUAUUUGUUCAGUACAACAUGCGUCUCAGACAACUGGAUUCUGAAAGCGGGAAUGACACAUUAGACCCGUUAUCACACAACAGGAUGGAUGUUCUUAAAGACUGGGUUUCCGGAGACCAAGCUUGCGUAGAAGGAAAUGGAAGCUCGGACUGGAAGUCGCUCGAGUAUAUUAAAAGGACACAAACAGUACAGAUCAUCGAUGAAACCGAAGACUUGGGUUCAGGAUUCAGUGACAUCGAGAUAUUCAAGGGAGAAAAAGAAGUGAGCGACGAGGGUUAUUACACAAACACAUCGCAGAAGAUAUUCACUUGA